AUGGAUGCCCAUACUCUUUUCUCCUUCAAGCUUCAACCCAAUCUUUUGGGACCCAGGCCUUUGCUACUCAAAAUCAUCACUUGGCUUGACACCAUUCGUUUGGUGGUAUCAUUGGCAGCACAGAACUCUUGGCCAGUUUAUCAACUUGACGUGAAAUCAGCCUUCUUGCAUGGUGAGUUAAAUGAGAAAGUUUUCAUUGACCAGCCUCCAGGUUAUGUGCAAAAGGGGAAUGAGAAGAAGGUGUUCAGACUGAAAAAAGCAUUAUACAGACUGAAACAAGCACCCCGAGCUUGGUACAGUCGUAUAGAUGCUUACUUCUCUAAGGCAGGAUUCCAAAAGUGUCCUCAUGAGCAUACUUUGUUCGUCAAAUCUGGAGAAGGAGGUAAAUUUUUGAUUGUCUGUCUGUAUGUAGAUGAUUUGUUAUUCCCUGGAAAUGAUGAAGCCAUGUUUGUUGAAUUUAAAUCAUCUAUGAUGAGUGAAUUUGAUAUGACUGAUUUGGGAAAGAUGCGUUACUUUCUUGGUAUUGAGGUAGUGCAAUCAUCUUGUGGAAUCUUUAUUAGCCAGAGGAAAUAUGCUCAGGAGGUUCUGGAAAGAUUUCGAAUGUCAAAUUGUAAUCCAGUCCAAAAUCCAAUUGUACCAAGCUUUAAGAUUACAAGAGAUGCUGAAGGAGAGAGCUUUCAUAGCACGUAUUACAAGCAAAUCAUUAAUAAUAAAGACGUGGUUGAUGCAGUUUCCAAGGUGGCUCUAAAGUUUGUCUACUUGGCUGUGGGAGCUGCUGCAGCUGCAUUUCUACAGAUGUCUUGCUGGAUGGUCACUGGAGAGAGACAGGCUUCUCGAAUAAGAAGUUUAUACUUGAAAACAAUAUUGAGGCAAGAUGUUGGCUUUUUUGAUAAAGAAAUCAACACUGGGGAAAUUGUUGGGAGGAUGUCAGGUGAUACUGUGCUCAUUCAAGAGGCCAUGGGCGAGAAGGUAGGAAGUUUUAUCCAGUUAACUGCAACAUUCGUAGGAGGCUUCGCUAUAGCAUUUAUUAAGGGAUGGCUUCUCACCCUUGUCAUGCUAUCUUCUAUCCCCCUUCUUGUCCUCUGUGGUGCCUUAAUGGGCAUCCUUAUUUCAAAGAUGGCAUCCAGUGGACAAACUGCUUAUUCAGUGGCAGCAACUGUGGUAGAGCAGACAAUUGGUUCAAUCAGAACAGUUGCAUUGUUUACAGGAGAAAAGCAAGCUAUAGCUAAUUACAACAACUCCUUAAUUAAAGCUUACAACUCUGGUGUGCAAGAGGGUUUAGCAUCUGGGUUCGGAAUGGGUACAGUUAUGCUGAUUAUAAUGUGUAGUUAUGCUCUGGCUAUAUGGUUUGGCGGAAAGAUGAUACUUGAAAAAGGAUAUACAGGAGGGGAAGUCAUUAAUAUAGUUUUCGCUGUGUUGACUGGCUCCAUGUCUCUUGGGCAGGCAUCUCCAUGCUUGAGUGCAUUUGCUGCUGGACAAGCUGCAGCUUAUAAGAUGUUUGAGACAACUGACAGAAAGCCAGAGAUUGAUGCUUCUGACACUAAUGGGAAACAAUUACAUGAUAUCCGUGGAGACAUAGAACUUAAGGAUGUUUAUUUUAGUUAUCCUGCAAGACCGGAUGAACAAAUAUUCCAUGGAUUUUCUCUCUCAAUACCUAGUGGUGCAACUGCUGCUUUGGUUGGAGAGAGUGGAAGUGGUAAAUCAACUGUAGUCAGUUUGAUUGAGAGAUUUUAUGACCCCGUAGCUGGCGAAAUUCUUAUUGAUGGUAUUAAUCUCAAAGAGUUCCAGUUGAAAUGGAUCAGACAGAAAAUAGGGCUUGUCAGCCAGUUACCCGUUUUAUUUACUUGUAGCAUUAAAGAUAAUAUUGCCUAUGGAAAGGAUGGUGCAACCACUGAAGAAAUAAGGGCUGCUGCUGAGCUUGCCAAUGCUGCUAAAUUCAUAGACAAACUGCCGCAGAGACUGGACACAAUGGUUGGUGAGCAUGGAACUCAGCUAUCUGGAGGCCAAAAGCAGAGAGUUGCAAUAGCUAGAGCAAUUCUCAAAGACCCAAGGAUUCUACUUUUAGAUGAAGCCACGAGUGCUCUUGAUGCAGAAUCUGAGAGCAUUGUGCAGGAGGCACUGGACAGAAUUAUGAUCAACCGGACUACUGUCGUUGUAGCGCACCGCUUGAGCACAGUAAGGAAUGCUGACACCAUUGCUGUUAUACAUCGAGGAACAAUUGUUGAAAAAGGUCCACAUUCUGAGCUAAUUAAGGACCCUGAAGGAGCAUAUAGCCAGCUUAUAAGGUUGCAAGAAAUGAGCACCGUGUCAGAACAGACUGCUGUAAAUGAACACGAAAGGUUUAGCAGCGUGGAUUCUCGAAGACAUUCAAGUCAAAGAUUUUCAAACUUACGAUCCAUAAGCCGGGAAUCAUCUGGAAGAGGAAAUAGUAACCGUCAUUCCUUCUCAAUCUCAUACAGUGUGCCCACUGCAGUCGGUUCUCUUGAAACAGCAUCAGCAGGACAUGAUAUUCCUGCUUCAGCAUCAUCAAGAGUGCCUCCAGAAGUCUCACUUCGCCGCCUGGCUUACCUGAACAAGCCAGAGAUCCCAGUAUUAUUACUAGGUACUAUAGCUGCAGCAGUCAAUGGGGUAGUCUUACCCAUUUUUGCGAUAUUGAUAUCCAGUGUAAUCAAGACCUUCUACGAGCCACCUCCACAACUCCGUAAGGAUUCGAAGUUUUGGGCAUUAAUCUUCAUUGUUCUUGGGGUGGUGACUUUCAUAGCAAUGCCAGCAAGACAAUACUUUUUUGCUGUGGCGGGGUGUAAGUUAAUAAAACGAGUUCGGUCAAUGUGCUAUGAGAAGGUGGUUUACAUGGAAGUAAGUUGGUUUGACGAUCCUGAGAACUCAAGUGGUGCUAUUGGUGCAAGGCUUUCUUCAGAUGCAGCUUCUCUGCGUGGGCUGGUUGGAGAUGCUUUAGGUUUGCUGGUCGAGAAUUCAGCAACUGCAAUUGCUGGUUUGUGUAUUGCUUUUGUGGCAUGUUGGCAACUUGCUCUUAUAAUCCUUGUUUUGCUGCCUCUAUUAGGAUUAAAUGGUUAUGUUCAAGUCAAGUUCAUGAAAGGAUUCAGUGCAGAUGUAAAGAAAAUGUACGAGGAUGCAAGUCAAGUAGCCCAUGAUGCAGUGGGGAGUAUUCGAACAAUUGCUUCCUAUUGUGCUGAAGAGAAGGUGAUUGAAUUGUACCAGAAGAAAUGUGAAGGCCCUAUUAAGACAGGGAUAAGACGAGGGUUAAUCAGCGGGAUAGGUUUUGGGCUAUCCUUCUUUUUUCUUUUUUCUGUGGAUGCCUGCAGUUUUUAUGCUGGAGCCCGACUUGUUGCAGCAGGCAAGACAACAUUCUCUGAUGUUUUCCGGGUUUUCUUUGCUCUUGUGAUGACAGCAGUUGGAGUGUCUCAGUCAGGUUCCCUAGCCCCUAAUCUUGGUAAAGUAAAGAGCUCUGCUGCUUCCAUAUUUGCCAUUCUUGACAGGAAAUCGAAAAUAGACUCUAGUGAUGAAUCUGGAACAACUAUAGAAAAUGUGAAGGGACAUGGCAAGACAGUUGCUUUGGUUGGAGAAAGUGGAAGUGGGAAAUCAACAGUCAUCUCACUGUUGCAGAGAUUUUAUGACCCUGAUUCAGGUCACAUUACAUUAGACGGAGUUGAAAUCCAAAAGCUACAGCUCAAGUGGUUAAGACAGCAAAUGGGACUGGUGAGCCAGGAGCCUGUAUUGUUUAAUGACACUAUCAGAGCCAACAUUGCAUAUGGAAAGGAAGGGAAUGCAACAGAGGCUGAAAUUAUAGCUGCUGCAGAAUUGGCAAAUGCUCACAAGUUCAUCAGUAGUUUACAACAAUUUGGAAAAACAAUGCCGGGUUAUGAUACAAUAGUAGGAGAGCGGGGGAUUCAAUUGUCCGGUGGACAGAAGCAAAGGGUGGCAAUUGCACGAGCUAUAAUGAAGGCACCAAAGAUACUACUACUAGAUGAAGCCACAAGUGCUCUUGAUGCUGAAUCUGAACGAGUGGUUCAAGAUGCAUUGGACCAAAUCAUGGUGGAUCGAACGACAAUCGUGGUUGCCCAUCGGUUAUCCACAAUAAAGGGUGCAGAUGUAAUCGCCGUGGUGAAAAAUGGAGUCGUUGCAGAGAAAGGAAAGCAUAAAACUUUAAUCGGUAUCGAGGAUGGCAUUUAUGCUUCUUUGGUAGCAUUGCAUGCAAGUGCCUCAUCUUAGAUAGCUUUUAUGUUCUUUUUAUUCAAAGAAAAAGAAAGUAUGUAAUGUAAUUUUAUUCAGAGAGGUAAAUUACCAAUAGG